GUCACUGGGGUCUCAGUUUGACCUGAAGACACUACGAGCUGUCAGAGUGCUGCGACCACUGAAACUGGUGUCUGGGAUUCCCAGCCUGCAGGUGGUGCUCAAGUCCAUCAUGAAGGCUAUGAUCCCUCUGCUGCAGAUUGGCCUACUGUUGUUUGUGGCCAUCCUCAUGUUUGCCAUCAUCGGCCUUGAGUUCUACAUGGGAAAGUUCCACAAAACUUGCUAUGAUGAAUUCACAAAUGAUGUAGUGGACGAGAUACCGUGUGGAACAGCAGAACCUUCUCGGUUGUGUCCGAACGGCACGGUGUGUAGGGGCGGCUGGCUUGGGCCAAACAACGGCAUCACCCAGUUCGACAACAUCCUGUUCGCCGUGCUCACCGUCUUCCAGUGCAUCACCAUGGAGGGAUGGACAGAUAUGCUCUACCAUAGUAACGAUGUGGAGGGCAGCGCCUGGAACUGGAUGUACUACAUCCCCCUCAUCAUCAUCGGCUCCUUCUUCAUGCUCAACCUGGUGCUGGGUGUACUCUCAGGUGAAUUUGCCAAAGAGAGGGAGCGAGUGGAGAACAGGAGUGAGUUCCUCAAGCUGAGGCGACAGCAGCAGAUUGAGAGAGAGCUCAACGGAUACCUGGAGUGGAUCUGCAAAGCAGAAGAGGUGAUUUUGGCUGAGGAUGACACCACAGGGAACUUUGACGGUACAAGGCGAAGGCCAACCCUCAAAACCAAAAACAACAAGACGGAGCUGCUGAACCCUGAGGAGGGAGAGGACAACAUGGGGGAUGCAAUAGGUUUUGCACGUUCCAGCAUAAAGAGUGGUAAGGACGGAUCCCAUUGCAGUAAAAAGGAGCGGCGGAUGCGAUUCCUCAUCCGGAAAAUAGUGAAGACGCAGGCUUUCUAUUGGACGGUGCUCUGCCUGGUGGGCCUUAACACCAUGUGUGUGGCUGUGGUGCACUAUGACCAGCCAGAGCUGCUCUCUGAUUUCCUCUGUGAGUAA